GCACAAAUACACUUUCGCAACAACGGGAAAGGCUUGCUUUGCUUUACACAUUGAUUAUGUCGGACCCCAACUUUUUCAUCGAGUCGGAAAGGCUCUAUCUCUCGUACCUCCUCCCCGAUAACGACGCUCACUGCGAUUUCCUCGUCAAGCUCUGGAAUACACCUGAGUUCAUCGCAUCCAUCGGCGGGAAACCAACAUCUGUCACGACCCGCGAGGCCGCACGUCAGCAGCUGGCAGGACGUUUUCAAGCAGAGCAUGCUCGCAACGGCUACGGCACCUAUCUUGUCGGUCUCAAACCCGAGACGGCCGCUGUGGCUCCUCCUGCUGGCGGGACCCCCAUCGGCACUGUCUCCUUGAUGCGAGGCGAACCGCCAAACUGCUACACGGCGCCUGAUAUUGGAUUCGCUAUCCUCCCCGAGUACAUGCGACGCGGCCUUGCGACCGAGGCUGCUCAGACACUUAUGGAUUACGUCGAGCGCGAGAAGGGCGUGAAGGAUGUCCUCGGGCUAUGCGACCCUAAUAAUGAGGGUUCCAAGGCAGUAUUCCGCAGGCUGGGUUUCGAGGACCGCGGUCAGAAAGUUUUGAAGAUUUUUGGCGGUAUAACUGGACAAGCAUUUGCGAAGCCUGGAAUGGACCAGGAUCUGGGAGUAUACGGCCUGUAG